AUGGGGUUGCACAUGGUGGCUGUGGCCAAGUUUCACUUCAUAGUUUCCAGACACAGCAUAAGCCCAGUGGUGGCUUGGACCGUUUGUCCUCUAGCGCUCAAACUCUUCAUGGGCCUUGGGGUGCUCCGAGACGAAGCUGUUUAUUCAACCAGGUUGUUCUUCUUCAGAUUGGCUCAGAUUCUGUUCAACAGGGAAAUACCAUUUGCUCAUGGCACAAGGUUGGGCCGAGCCUUCCGAUUAGUAUUCCAAACACUUCACAACAACAACAACGACAAUUCUACGACAACACCGGAAGAACAACUCAACCAGGAAACCUUCAACACUCUCUUAUCGCUCACACUGUAG